AUAUCACCAGGUAUGCCUUCAUUUUGACUGAACAGGGGAGAAAACCUGACAAAAGAUAUUACAGCUCUUUGAUUCUAUCAUGGAGCAAAAGCCUAAGAGAAUGCCAUCAUUGGGCCCCUAUGAAACGGGACCAAGGGCUUGGAUAGUCAUCGCUGCGUACUUUUUGCUGAGUUUUGUCGAGAUGGGUAUCCUAAAAAGCUUCGGUGUGCUCGUCAACGAACUUGUCAUUCAAUUCGAUACAAACACUGAAACAAUUGGAUUUAUCAUCGGUCUUUACCAUGGAACUUCUUAUGCUUUCGCUCCUAUCAUCUCUCCUCUCACCAAGAAUAAGACUUUAAUAAGACCAUUGAUGUUGUUUGGUAGCUUCAUCAUGGGCCUCAGUCUAUCUCUCUCUUCACUUUCAACAAACAUCGCCUGGUUCUCAGUUGCAAUGGUCGCAUCAGGUGUCGGAUUUUCAAUCAUCUCUCUCUUGACGUUCAUUGUAUUCAGUCUCUACUUCACCAGGCGUUUUGCCCUUGCUUUUGGAAUGGGUGACAUGGGCUGUGCAGUCAGUGUGAUCUUACCGUUACUUACAGAAAAGAUUCUUGAACAUUACGGAUGUCGAGGAACAAUCCUCAUACUUGGAGGGAUUGCCUUUAACACGAUCGUCUUCACUGCGUUGUUAAGAGACCCUCGGACACUCCCGAAACGAAGAGUCAAAGAUGAGUCCUAUACCAACGUGCGAGAAGAUGAGAUGGGUGAGCGUGAACUUGCCGAGCUUAACGAAGUCAUUCUCCUCCACUUGGUUCACAGUAUCACAAGAAAUGAGUGUAGUCUACAUUGUGCUGGUGCUUCCUUCCAGAAAUUAUCAACGCCAUCUGGAUGUAAUCAGGGAGAUAACGAAAAUGGAGCUUUUCCAACUUUGAAAGAGCCCCCUCAAGAUAUGGUAACAGAAGACUUCCAUAAUGACGCUCAUAAUGUUGAUCUGGAAUAUCAACAACCAAACAUUGUAAAGAGGUGCAAUUGGAUAGACUUUUGCCUGAGACCUUUCCGAUUGAUCUGGAGUGCUCUUGACUGGUCACUCUGUCGGGACGAGCCUUACCUUAUCUAUAUCUAUCUUGCUACAUUCAUCUUCGGUAUGAUCACGACGUCUUGGUACAUCUUCCUAAUCUCCCAUGCCAUUGCUAAAGGCAUCACCCUAUCUCAAGCAGUUCUUCUGUCUCUCGUCUCUGGAGUUGGUGAUGCCUUUGGGAGAUUCUCACAGGGUCCUAUUGUUCAUAAUCGCUGGAUGACUUCUGUUGGCCUCUUUAUGUUCUCAGCCGGAUUGAACAGUAUACUCUUCUUCUGUGAUCCUCUACUGGAAGGAUUUGGUUGGUUAGCCACCGGAACUGUCUUGAAUGGUAUUUUUUUCGGCACUCAGACAUCUCUCUUAUCGAUUAUGCUCAAGGAUUAUACACCGUCUCCAAGACUUUCGACGUCAUAUGGUUUGUCCAGUGUAGCCUAUGGUUUCUCCGAACCCAUUGGUGGAUUUACAGCAGGAUGGAUGGCUUCCGUUCUUGGUUAUGAGAUGAUGUUCGUGUAUUUAGGUGGACUGUCUGUUAUCUCCAUUAUAACCCUUGUUCCAGCUUAUAAACAUUACCGAAGACCACCUAAAAUAACUCAAGGGCCAUGAUCAGCUAAAUACAAGAAAAUAAAUGGAGUACAUACUGUAUUUGUUCACGAAACCAAAUUCAAGACAUGAUAUGCAUCAACUGUGCAGCCGAUUUCUUACUGUAUUUGAGCCAUUGAGUAAAUAUUCAGUGUGAUUGCAGUCAUAAAAAUAUAAAUGUAAUUUUCACUUUAAUCAUGGAUGAGUUGCAUAUCUCACUCAUAUAAAACAAUGAAAUUUUGGAUCACCAUGAAGACGAGCAAAACAAUUUGUGCAUAUUUGAAACUAGGAUAUUUUAAGCCUUACGUUGUCGUCUUGAUCAAACAUGUACUAUGUAUAGGCAAUGCGAGUGCGGGCGAUAUUUCUAUUGUAUGACCUGCAAGCUUUUCUUUUUCCAAUUAUCAAUUAUUCCCCUUCCGAUCUUAUUACUGUUCUUACCUCUUUUAUCUUUUUCUCCUUCCACCCCCCCCCCCCCCCCCUGUUUCAUUUCCCUUCUGUGCACUGCCAAAGUGCCAAUAUGGACCGUGAUCGCUAAGGCGCCCUUAUUAAUCGCAUAUGCCUAUCGUGACAUACCGCCAACUUAACAUGCUUAAGGAAGAAAUAUGUCGUGAACGCAUAAUUUUUAUAUAUGUUGAAAAGAGCAUCUUCUCCCAAACAAUUUGAUCCCAUAGUCAUAAGGUAUUCUUCAGGCUUAGAUAACUAGUACCGGUAGGUGUUCUUUGCAGUGAUGUAAAGUUUGAUUUGCGCCAUGAAUGAAUACAGAAUUCAAUGACGUCAAAAUCUUACAUGAGUUGGUAAACUUAAUUAUUUGCAAAUCUCCUUUUCAUUUAUAUUAUCUGGAGACUUGAUACUUAAGUGUUUAUUAAACAAUCAUAAUGUAUAUAAUUCAAAACCCUAGUAGGAACCCAUAGGAAUUAAGUAAUUUUUUUGCUCUUCUCCUUAUACUGAAGUUGCAUUCUAUAAAUUUUAGCCCCACUUCCACCAUAUCUACUUCUUAUCAUUACCCCUCUUCUUCUUUCCUCGUUAUUCUUACUCUAUUUCUCCUUUUUCAUUUUCGUUAGUUCCCCCUCCCCACAAUCUUUGUUUUUCCAUUCCCUCCUUAUUUCUUUUUGCUGUUACUUAUUUCGUUACUUUUAUUCCUAUACCUUGUGACUAUUUUAAUAAACAUUUUCCUUACUUUGGUGUUUCCCUUUAUAUCCUAUAGGUUAAUCAUUGUUUACUUUUUUAACCCGGGCUCUCUCUUUAGGUACCAAGAAAGUUCACUUGUCAAAGAAACGCUAUAUUUCCAAAACAUUUGUUUCACUUGUCAAAGGAACGCUAUAUUUCUAAAACAUUUGUUUAAAAGGGGGAGGGGAUGGGGCAAUGACUGUAUGCCUGUAGUGUAAGUUAAAAUUAAACUAGAAUACCUUUGACAUUACAUAAAAGUUUCAUUUUUACAUUAUUCAUUAAAUUACCCCAUCCCCACAUAUUGUGUUAAAACUUCUUCUGCAGCCCCCCCCCCUCACCUAUUCUGCCCAUUACAUGAUAGGAUGAAUAAGAAUAUAAAAGUCCAAAGGAUUGUUGGCCAUAUUUUUUUACAUGGAUUGGUUGUUGUAUUUUAUUUUUGCAAAAUACAAAAAUAAGUACAAUUUGAGAAAAUACACCACCAUGACAGAUAUAAAAGAUGUUAAAUAUAUUGAUAACUGUACAGAUCUUUAAAAAAAAUUAAUAAAGGGAUAUAAAAAAAAAUUGCUUUAUCAAAAUUAAUUUUCAAAUCUCAAGUCUGGAAUUGUCCAAAUUCAGGCGUAUUUUUGUUUGUAUUUCCAUUACAUCAAAUAAAAUUUGCAAUGAAGUGAGAAGUAAACAAAUAUAUAUCUUGAAUGAAUUGUUUAGUACUACUGAGAGUCAGAACCACUACAUCACAGCUCUUCAAUAAAAGAAAAUUGUAAGCUUGAGAACAGCAUUGGAGGCAGAUUGAAACCCGACGCAUGAGGAUCUUGGGCCUCAGCCACUUCUCAACUCUUUUGAAUAACUCCUAUAUUGGCCAUGUGUUGUGUUUCAUAAUCAUAUUCAUAUGAUCAUUUCACUAAGAUCAUAGUAUUUCAUUAUAGGACAAGUCCACCCCAACAAAGACUUGAUUUGAAUAAAAAGAGAAAAAUUCAACAAGCACAACACUGAAAAUUC